AUGCCUGAACCUUCAUUUUGCCAGGGGCCUAUUAAGCCCGUGAAUCCGCAUAUGAUGAAUGUAUCUGAUGAGCUGGCUGCUACUAUCGGUGGUAGAAUGGCAGCUGGCAAGAAAUCUACAGGCCCAGUUCAUUUAAGGAAAGCUGCUGGAAUUGUUUGGAAUGAUCCUACUUUAGAGGACUGGCCUAAGAACGACUAUCGCAUAUUCUGUGGAGAUUUGGGAAAUGAAGUUACCGACGAGAUCCUGGCCAAUUCCUUUAAAAGGUACCCUUCAUUUCAACGCGCAAGGGUUAUUAGGGAUAAAAAUUCAGGGAAAUCUCGGGGUUAUGGAUUCGUUUCCCUCCUUAAUCCUAACGAAAUGCUUACUGCUCUUAAGGAGAUGAAUCACGCUUUUGUAGGUAACCGUCCUAUUCGAGUUAUGCGUAGUAAGUGGAAGGAUAGAGAUAUCGAUUCUGAUAAGAACAGACAAAUGGCAAAGCUUUAUAAGGUUGCCAGGGACGACGAUAAGACUAUUCGCAAGUUCAAGAAACUUGGAAAGUCAGUUACUGGUGGUAAAAGGGCCAACAUGGUCUACGAGCCUAGAGUUUUUAAAAGGCACAAGGUUUAUCUUAGCACCGGUAGUAAUAACAAGUUGGAGAACCUACCUAAAAUUCCACAAAACCACAUUCUGGAUAAUAUUUAA